AGAUCAAUUAUUUUCUUUUCAUCAUUCACAACGCAAAACGAAAACAUUGUGUGCAAAUUCUCUUAUUUUGUUGUGAAAACUCAUUGGAAAUUGUGAUAAAUCAGUGAAAAAUGGCAAAUGCCACACCUCGUGUACCGAUUUCGCAACUCUUGGCGAAUAAAUCGGGCGAUGAGGAGCCCAAGAAGAAAUCCCGUGAAGAUUGGCGCAAGGCGAAGGAGCUGGAGGAAGCUCGAAAAGCUGGAACAGCUCCUGCUGCUGUGGAUGAGGAGGGCAAGGACAUAAAUCCGCAUAUUCCGCAGUACAUUUCCAGUGCACCAUGGUACUAUGGAUCAAUGGGACCCACAUUGAAGCAUCAGCGUCCGCAGGAUGAGAAGAAAACUCAAUACUCGGGCAUUGAUGAGUGGUACAAGAAGGGCGUGGACACGAGCAAAGUCGCCACAAAAUACCGGAAGGGCGCUUGUGAGAAUUGUGGGGCAAUGACGCACAAGAAGAAGGAUUGCAUGGAACGUCCCCGGAAGGUGGGGGCAAAGUUCAAUGGAGCCAAAAUAGCUCAUGAUGAAUUCAUUCAGCCAAACAUCGUGUCUGACUAUGAUGGGAAGCGUGACAGAUGGAGUGGCUAUGAUCCAGCACAGCAUCGUGAAAUUGUCGAGGAAUACCAGAAAGUUGAGGAAGCCAAGAGAGCUCUCAAGGCAGCCAAACUCAAGGAAAAUCCCGAAGCUGAGCUAUCGGGUGAUGAGGAGGAGGAUGAAGACAAGUAUGUGGAUGAAGUUGACAUGCCUGGCACAAAAGUUGACUCCAAGCAGCGUAUCACCGUGAGGAAUCUCCGGAUUCGUGAAGAUACAGCCAAGUAUUUGAGGAAUCUCGAUCCCAAUUCAGCCUACUACGAUCCCAAGACACGCUCAAUGCGUGACAAUCCGGAACCGAAUAAAAAGCCAGAAGAUUCGGAAUUUGCCGGUGAGAAUUUUGUCCGUUUCACGGGGGACACGCAGAAGCACUCAAAGGCCCAGUUGUUUGCGUGGGAGGCCUACGGGAAGGGUGUUGAUGUGCACAUCCUAGCUGAACCCACAAAGCUCGAACUCCUGCAGAAUGAGUACGAUAAGAAGAAGGAGCAAUUCAAGUCGCAGGUUAAGGAUACAAUUCUCGACCGGUACGGAGGUGAAGAGCACCUCCAGGUGCCCCCACGUGCACUCCUGCUGGCACAAACGGAAGAAUAUGUGGAGUACUCACGAUCUGGGAAGGUGAUUAAAGGGCAGGAGAAGCAGAUUGUUCGUAGUCGCUACGAGGAGGAUGUCCUGAUAAAUAAUCACACCACUGUGUGGGGAUCGUACUGGAAUGCCGGGCAGUGGGGCUACAAGUGUUGUCAUUCCUUCAUUAAGAACUCCUACUGCUUGGGGGAGAGUGGCAAGAACACCCAAAUGGCCAUUCCUUCGACAAAAAUCAUCCCAAAAAUUAACCCUCCUGCAAGUCAGCAAGAUGAGGAAGAAGUUCCGGAGAAAGCAGAAGAUCCGAAGGAAUCCAGCAGCAGCAGCAGUAGUAGUAGUAGUAGUAGUAGUGAAGAUGAGGAAGAAACAAGGAAGCGUCAGAAGGCAAAGAAGAAGAGCAAGAAGAAGCGACAGAAGGAGAAGAAGAAGCUGAAAAAGUCCCAAAAAGAUGGUGAGGAUAAGCUCAAGGAAGCCCUCAAGGCGGAAGAGAAGCGAAAUCGCGAAGUGGGUGAGAUGAUGAAGCUGGACGAACGGAAGAGGCCAUACAACAGCAUGUACGACGUGAAGAAGCCAACGGAUGAAGAGAUGGAGGCAUUUAUGAUGAAGAGACGUCGCGAAGAGGAUCCAAUGCUUCAAUUCUUGGAAAAGUAAAAUGUAAAAUUAAAUGUUAAAAUAAAAAGUCAAUCAUAA